AUGCCAACCAGGGCAAAGAGUUCAACCAAUGCUGGCCUAGAAGAUCUGCCCACGUCAGGCAGCUCAGUUGAUGAUCACAAAGAAAGCUCCACAACCCUACUCACCGCAACACACCACCCUGUGGAUAAGAAGACCGGUCACCCCAACAGAGAGAAGGUGGCUGAAGAGACACAGACAACAGACAAGAAUGGUGGUCUGGCCACAGUGACCCUGGUCGGCAUCAUCGUCGGGGUCUUAUUAGCCAUUGGCUUUAUUGGAGGCAUCAUCAUAGUGGUUAUGCGGAAAGUUUCUGGAAGGUUCUCGCCCUGAAGGACGAGCCCAUCUGAACGGUUUCUGACUCCUUCCGCUCCCCACCCCCCAGCUUGCGGGAGAAGAUGACCCUGGGCUGCUGGCCAGCCUCCCUCCCAGCCUUUG